GCUAGCUAACUUGUCACACUAUGCAUUAGCAUUGCAUUUAAUAAGUGAAAACAACAGAUUGCAACAAGGUCAGACAGUUGCUUACUAAGAAAGUGAUGUCAAAAAAUAAGACCUCGGGAUACAAGGGCCCUCAUGGCUACCAAAAAAGAAGAGAGGGGGAGGGAAGAAGCUGUAUUCGGUACAGGUGUGGUCUGACCAACACCAUACAGGAUGUUCUGAGACAGAGACCAGGCUGGGUCGAGGUCAAAGAUGAUGGUGAAUGGGACUUUAACUGGUGUGAUGUUGGUUGGCUGCGGGAGAAUUUUGAUCACUCCUACAUGGAGGAACAUGUGCGAAUAUGCCACUUUCGCAACCACUACGAGCUGACCCGUAAGAACCUGAUGGUGAAGAAUCUGAAGAGGUACCGCAAAAUCCUGGACCGUGAGUCGGGGCGCCUUGAGGCGGCCAAGUGUGACUUCUUUCCCCGUACAUUUGAGCUGCCGAGUGAGUACCACCUCUUUGUGGAGGAGUUCAAAAAGAGCCCCGGCAGCACUUGGAUCAUGAAGCCAGUGGCACGGUCACAGGGGAAGGGAAUCUUCCUUUUCCGUAAACUGAAAGACAUCAUGGACUGGAAAAAGGAUGGGAGUCGGUCAGAGGAGAAGGACGAGGCCCAAGUUGAGAGCUAUGUGGCUCAGCGCUACAUUGAGAACCCUUACCUCAUCAGUGGAAGAAAAUUUGACUUACGAGUGUAUGUGCUGGUGACAUCAUAUGUCCCUCUGAAGGCUUGGCUGUAUCGAGAUGGAUUUGCCCGAUUUUCCAGUACCCGAUUCUCCUUGAGCAGUAUUGAUGAUCACUAUGUGCAUCUCACCAAUGUAGCAGUUCAGAAAACAGCACCAGAUUACGACCCUGAAAAGGGUUGUAAGUGGCAGAUGCAACAGCUGCGGCGGUACCUGACAGCGCGUCAUGGUACAGAGACAGUAGAGACGCUGUUCAGGGACAUCGACACCAUCUUUGUACGCAGCCUACAGAGUGUGCAGAAAGUCAUCAUCAAUGACAAGCACUGCUUUGAGCUCUACGGCUAUGACAUCCUAUUGGACCAGGACCUCAAACCGUGGCUGAUAGAGGUGAAUGCUUCUCCCUCUUUAACCGCAAGCAGCCAGGAAGACUAUGACAUGAAGUACCGCCUGCUGGAGGACACCCUGCACAUUGUAGACAUGGAGGGCAGACUCACGGGCAAAGAGAAGCGUGUGGGGGGCUUUGAUCUCAUGUGGAAUGAUGGCCCAGUCUACCGAGAGGACAUCAACCUGGAAACACUGGAUAGCUCCUGCUUCACAGCAAACACACAUCUAGGCUGUGUCAAUGAUCGGAAGCAGCAGCUCAGACAGCUUCUCAAGCCCCUCCCAGGACAGAAGAAGAGCUGACCAAUUGCAGCCCACAGCCAUGUCAGGGACUGGAAAAUCGGUUACUUUAUGAAUGAAUACUUGUCUGGGUUACUGCACAUGCAAAUAGGGAAUGUUCCCAGGCCCAGCCUACCAUUUA